CGUAUGAUGGAGCUAGACAAUUUCCUGUACAAAAUACAAGGUGUUUUAAAAACUGAAGAAAAGUUAAUAGGUCCUCUUUACAACAUCAAGAAAGAAAAUGAAGAGGAGUAUUCAAAAUUGGAAGCUUCUUUAAAGAAGGCUAUCACUGGCAGGCCUCCAGAUACAAACCACAGAGUGGAAGUUCAGCUUUAUAUUCUUCUUUUCUUGAACACUGACAUCAGUCUGUACAAUGAUUUGAAGAAAAAUAGAAAAUGUGCGCAUCUAGUUGGUUUCUUUCCAAAAAUUAGUCAGGAUUUGUUUAUAAAAUUAACCCUCGGUCUAAAGUUAAAUAUAUAUUUGUACGAAUCAGUGAAACACUUCAAUUCUUCCCUCUCCGUUGAAGUAGCUGACAUAUGCUUGAAAUCUCUUAAGUGGAUUGAUCUCUUUGAGGCUGUGAAUCUGACGGAAAACUUGAUCAUAUCGCUGUUCAGCAAGAUCGUUGAAACAGAUGAAACGGAUAAGUACUACUCGCACUUAAAAGAUGUGUUUCAAAGGCUUCUCCUGCACUACGAUGCAGAAAAAGGCGGAAGUGUGAAAAGAAUGGGCUCUUGGAAAAAAUCUAAACUGAAACAUUAUGCUGGAUUAGUUAUGGCAAGCUUAUUAGAACUAGUGCAUCAAUGUUCUAAAAUAUAUUUGAAGAAGAAUGAUAAUGAUGAUUCAAUUGACUACUCUUUGUUCAGUAUACAGAUUGACAAUGAUUCCUUUGAUCUUAAGCAUCUACCAGAUGUUUCCACCAGUGGCUCCAUUACUCUACAGCAGUGCUAUGAACAUAUAGUGGCAAGAUGUCUGCAGAAUGUCAGCGACAUCACCCUGGAUAUUUGGCUGUUUUGGCUGGAGAUUGAUUUGGACGAAAUACCUGAUACUGAGAACACCCUGCAAAAGCUUGUGGGUGAAAAAGCGUUCAAAUGUCAAGAAGCUCUGAAAGAAGCCGAAUGUUCGGGAUUGUCAUCGAAAGAGUCUUCUGAGCUGUUAAACAGAUUGACAAAUAUUGCAAUCAAACCAAGCACAGAGGAGGACUUAGCAGCUUCUCUUGAUUUAGAAAAAGUACUGAACAAUAUCAAUGAUCCAGAAAAGGAUUCUGCAAAAUGGUUGAAAUAUUUAAUAAGCAAUCCGGACUUUGUCGUCGAUCCAUCUGCUCUUGAUGUUUUAGCUAGCAGAGUCAAUAACUUGGAAUCCAAUGAUGUUCUGAAACUCUAUAAGACAAUUUUUGAGCAUUUAAUACACACUCCUGACUCACUACAUCAUAAAACUUUUAUUUUUGAAACAAUAAAACAGUGUAGUGUUAAUGUUCUACCGGAAGUUUCAAAUGUUUUUGUUGAAGUCUGCGGAAUCUCUGAUUUUUUAAAACAGGAAGAUUUUCAAUCGACUAUGGUAGAGACUUUUAAUAUGGUCAUUAAUGAAGAAGAUAAGGAAAAGGAGCUGAUGCCGAUGUUUGUGAGCCUGGCACUCCAGGACGCAGCGGCUCUGUUGAAGCGAGCUGUGUCGGAGGGUAUCACCAGCGAAGUCCGAGGCCACCUUAUGGCUGGCAUACUCGGCCAACUGCACCCGUUUUGUCACACAAUUCGGUCCACACCCCGCACACUUUUGAUUGAAGCCCUGGAUGAGCUUCUUGUUGCUCUCCCCGACCUACCAGAGAGCCAGCGGAUCAACUACCCAUUUUUUGUUCGGGAGUUAGUGAUGAGGACGAUUCUGCCCGGGGAACAGUUUAUCCAGCAUUGCCUCAUGGGAAAGCUGUUUACGCAUAUGAAAACAGAAAACUGGGUUGUGAUGUCUGUUUGUCUUGAAACUCUUACGGAACUGCUAGACAUAGGCUGCGUACACAACUGUCCUGCCACCAUAAUGAUGUUGAUGCAAGUUGUCGAGGCUAGUCGUUGUCAGCCCAACAAUUACACUGUCGCAGCAACGCAAGUGUGUCAGCAAGCCCUACAUUUAGUCUCAAUGUACGUCUCCAAAUGGCACGACCAGGGACUUGAUGAGAAACAGUUAAGUAACCUAAAACUCAUGGUCCGCCAACACAUAAGUCCACUUAACCGCUUCCACCUCUACCGUCUGAUGGACGAACCCGUACCAUCGGACUCUGCUCUGCGACUCAUGUAUUACACACAUUACGGCAUCGGAGAAUGGAGCGUGUCACAGAUCACGCCCGAUGAAAGACUUAUGCUUGUCUACGCUCUAUGCUUUGUACUACCUACGCUGACUGUUGGCGAGUGGCGAGAGAUGUUUUGUGUGGUUGCCCCCAAGUGUUCAGAGUUCCUAAUUCUCUUCAACAUCGUAACCGAACCUAUACACUGAUGUCAUAAUCUAUGU